GCUCCCAGAGUAGCGACUUUUCAGCAGCAGCAGCAGCAGUAACAGCAGCAGCUGAGGAGCAACACGAGGAAACCGGAGCAGGUGGAGGAGGAGGCACGAGCGCAUCUCAAAGUUUGAGGCGACAGUGGACAGUCGCACGAGACGCCGUCUUGAACAGGUUCGUUCGAUAAUUUCUGCCUGUGUUUCCGGCUGCAAGUGAUUUUCUGUUGGAUUUGGCACAAUUAAAGCAAGGCAAACCAGCAGAACGAGGAUUUAUAAGAUACUACGAUGUGAAACAACUGAGGGGGGAUGACUUGCAUGUCUUUGCUGUCUACGAAAUCGUGUUGUUUAGCGUUAAUUGUAGCUUGAAACUUCGUCAUCGUUUCUAUCAGUAGGUUAUGUGUGUGUGUGUCAAACUCCACAGUGUGUGAAGUCCAAAGUAAAAGUCGGUGCAAAUGACAGCAACACAGCAGCGAACAAAACCUGGAUGGUUGUUUUUGUUAGUCUGGGACAAAUCAGUGUAGCCGAUGAAAAAUUACAAUAUGUAAUAUGUAAUUACAAUAUGUAAAAAACCCACUGACCUUUUUUAAGAUUUUUUUUUUCCCAAUUAAAAAAAAAAUAAAACGUAAUGCUGGUUAUUUGUCUCGGUUGAAAGUAUUUUUUUUUAAGGAGAAGCCUUUCCCCUUAAAAAUAGAGGAAAAUCCACUUAGGAAACCAGGUAACAACAUUAUGGAUCAAUGUGCUAAAAAUUCACUAUCAUUACUUACAAAAAGCCCAUUUGCCAAAAAAGAUUGUUUCCCCCCCUUUUUAGCUUCAAGCAAGGCACCUUAAGGGGAUGUGGGUUGAAUCAUCAUGCUGAGAUUGGGAACCCCUCAAAGGUUAUGGCACAAAUGCAUACGUCCCGAACAGCUGACAGCUGGAUUUAUAUGAGAGCUGUCAGAAAAAAUAAUUUCUUCUGUGAGGUAUUUUGAACGUCUAACAUUGCUUUUUCUGGUUUGUAAUUGAUGCUGAUAGAAAAAAAACUUAUCAGUGCAUAUUGACUGAUGAUUGACACCUGUCACCUACUGUGUAAUGUGAUCUGGUUCCUAUCAAGGUGGAGGUGUGGGCUUUGACCAAUUCUCCAUCAGAUCAUUUACAAACCUGUGUUCUAAAAUCUGUGCCAAUCGUUGGAUGUGUUUCCUGGCUUCCUGCAUCUGCAUCGUCUCACCUUACUCUGACAGUUGCUGAAUAAUUAACCAUGUGUUGUUAACAGUAAUGAGUAAUCUGAGUUUUAGCUAUCUGGAAUCUGAUGGAGGGUAUUGAGGACAGGAAAGAGGUCCCGUGCUGUUUUUAGACUAGUUUGGGAUUUCAGGUUAAAUUAUACGUGAUACCCGAAGUAGCGAGCUGGUCAGCUGUCUCAGCUAAAAGACGGUCACACCGCUGCUCACAGGCCUACAUUUCCAUAAGGUUAAUUAGCUACGCCCCAUAUUUUCACUGUCAUGAGUUUCUUAUUAAAACAACACUGGGUAAAACAGACUUUAUUGAGCUGUUUGCUGAAACAUUAACAGUAGUGCCCCAUUAAAAUGCAGCGGUCCUGUAAUUGUCCUCUCAAUAAAAACGCAUAUUAUGCAGUUUAUUUGAAUUUGAUUACAGUUUAUGGUUAUAUCUUUACAAUUGUAGAGUACUUCCAACUUUUCUGAGAACACUAAUUAUUUAAGGUCAAAAUGGAAGAUAUGGAUGAAAAGAGACAGAACAAGAAAUCUAGUUUGCAUUCAGUCCAGGGCAUUUUAAUUUCUACUUCCAAAAUUAACUUUUGGGGAAACUAUAGAGUCAAACAUUUUACAUGAUUCAGAUUGUCACACGAAUAAAAAUGGGAAUAAUGGUUAAAGCUGGUUUUGAACUUUAUGGUUGUGUUGAUUUUGGCAACCCCUGCAAAGGUGUACAUCUUACUGCUUUUUCUUGUUUUGUUCUGUAUGCCAAGGUGGUGUUUUCUUGUGAAAAUAUCACAUCCUGCCCUAUUCUUACAGUCAGAUGUGGCAGUGAACCUUGCUGUGGAAAAUGUACAAGAACAGCUUUUCCACAGCAUCUGUCAAUCAUCCGGUCUGACACCCACCCCCUUGAUGCGGUUUCAGGCAUUGAGAGUUACUGCGUAAAAAGAUGUUCAAUCAUUUUACAGAUGUCUUGUUAGUUUUUGUAGGUCAUAGAGAAGUAUCAAUAUCAGUCAACCAGGUAAAAAAAGUCCUCACAGAGGCUUUAAGAGUUCGAUAAAUAUAACGAAAAUAAGAAGAAUAACAACAAACAAUGCUCUUUAAGCACUUAACCUUAUUGAGUAUUCUCAGUUUACCUCUUCUGAUAGACAGCAUGCCAUGGUAGCACUGUCUGUGUUCACAUGCGAUGACCUGUAAUGGGAGGAGAGAUAAGAAGGAAAGAAAACCUCUGAGUGGUUUUACCCACAAAGCCCUCCUCGCAGCCCACUCAGGAAAUACAGUGUUACAUGGAGCACAUUAGAGAAUCAGGUUCCCCACUGUACAGCUGUCUCACUGCGUCUCUGACAAUCUCUGUUAUUAGCUCUGAUAUCUUAUAUCAUUUAUUCUCUAUUGCCUCCCUUCAUGGUUGCUUUAUUACAUUGUACAGGCCUUUGGAAGCAGCUGAGUGAGGAGGUUAAGUCACCAAAGUGUCUCCGCUGCAUCGUUCUGACAGACACAAUUUAAAUCUCAUGCUGCACGCUUCACUUGUGAAAUGACUUUUUCACAUUGAAGCGUAGAAAUCACCUGUGCAUUUUGCUGCACUUUGGUGUAUUGCCCCAGAAAUAAUAGCAAUGUCACACUGAGCGUGAUUCAAUUUGGCUGUAUAUAAUGUGGCAACAUAGCGCAGAGGGUCAUAAACAUCGUACUCGCUGUCACAUGAACACGAAAACCACCAGGAGGGAGAAGGGGGAAAUGUCUCAGUGCAGAGGAGACAGAGUCGAGUCAUCAUCAUGUUUUCAACCUUGACAAGUGGGAGCAAGACGAUCCUCAGAGUCAUUUGGAUCUCCUGUUGGAGAUUGGCCAUCAAAUAUUCAUCAGCGCCAUAAUAUAUAGCCCUUUAAUAACUGACACACAGGGCCCACGAUUUAGUUGUGAGUUGCCUCUUGAGGACCUGAGAGCUGCCCAACACGAGUCUAUUAACUGACUCUUCAGAAGAGGGCUGAUUCACCUAUUGAAUAAAAUGUGCUGAUGGACUGUGAAGUGUGCAAGAUAAUCUCUCCUUUCUUCUGCCCUUAGAUGUGUAUGACUUUCCCUUUUCUUUGGUCUGCAGGGCUUUUAGACCCCACCCAACCCCCCUCCACCCUGCUGUACCCUGCUCAGUAAUAGAAUCAGCUGAACAGACUAACUUCUCUUGAGCUGAUAUGUCCGUGUCUUUGUGAUGACUCUUCCUCUGUGUUAAAUCCGUGCUUAGGAGUCCAACUGAUGUCUCCAAUUGUAAGCAUGGAUCAGCAGCACCCUGCUGAGCAAACUUUUUUCAGCUUCACUGAUUGAAUCAGCACUUUUUGCCAUUAUUGAGUAUCUAAAGCUCUUUUUUUACUGUAAAGGAGGGCUGGGUCUUACAGCCAGAUGUUAUAUUGUCACAUUGAGGGGUGUGGGUCAGUGGUGGUUUUGCACUGCUGACUGAAAAGCAUUGUUAGAUAUCCUGGCCUGUGCUUACUCUGACGUCUUGUGUCAUUUCCUUUCACUGUACUUUCUGUCAAGUUUCAGAUUUUUUUUUUUCUAGUGCUGACUCGCAGCUCUGCCAAUCUUGUGUUGAGUAAGUGUUGUGUGGGCAGAGCAUGUUAUAUAUAUGGACUUCAUCUUGGGCCGGUUGGCUGGCUGGCACCAGCUCAGCUCAGUCCCUGUGGACUCAACAGAAUUGCUGCCUGAUGGAAAGAAAGUGCUAUCCUCUGACUUUAAGACUGCUGACAUUUCCAUAUGGCCUGUCUUCACACACAGACACACACUUUUCUUAAUCUCAUCUCUUUUUCUCUCACCUUCUUUCAUUUUUUCCCCUCUAACCUCUUGUAUGUGCUUGAUGCAAUCCUGAGCUCCCUGGGUAGCUGAAUGCAGACACGAAUCAUAGAGAUUAUCAUUCUACCCUCCAUCUUUCCUCCCUCUGUACUUCUCUCGCUCUAUUCUCCGCCUUCUCUUACCUUUUUCUCUCACCCAAAGUCCUCUCACCUCUGCUUGGUCUUUUCCAGUGGAGUACUUUGCUCUGUAAGCAAUAAUGACUGCAGCAGGGCAUCUUUUCAAGGUGAAUUAUAGGUUCAGAUUGACCAUCAUUAUCACUUACAAACCCCUCCUGUCUUCCCUGUUGUCAUUUUUCUCAGCUGAUAUAUAAAAACCUUAAAAAAAAAACUUUUCUUGCUCUUUUUUUUUAACAUUCUGACUCAGCAAACCCAACUCUGGCCCUGCUUCCACCCUCAACUCCGUGUUAUUAUAUCAUACUUGCCAUUUCUUUGAAUGGAUGCCAGAUAUUGAUGGAUAUUGUUUAUCUGUUAUUUAUUUAGCCUGAUGGAAAGCUGGGACAAAUGGGACGGAUUGCGAAGGAAAUGAUAGAAGUGAUAGUCAGAUAUGACAGAGAUCAGUAAGGUGAGAGUGCUGCAGGUGAACAGAUGAGAAAGGUGUUUUUUUUGACUGCCUGUCAGACUGUGCGCAUCAGUAAGCUAGAUGGCUGGAAGAGACAAAUAUGUUCCAGGACUGGCUUGCCUUUGAGUCAGCCCCCAAGGUGCCACAUAAAAAGAUGAGAAAAUCACAUUUGGAGCCAGAGUCAUGACUGUCUGAAAUAAAAUUCACAAAUAGGCUUGCCCUGUGAGUGUGCACAUUUAGCCUUUUUAUUACCAUUUUAUUGCCAUUAUUAUUUUUGUGGUAUGGCACCUCUAUUGAGCAGGGAGUGGCAGAAUACUGAGAAUACUAGACAUAAACGACUAAGCAGCUCUCACAUGUGUGUGUGUGUGUGUGUGUGUGUGUGUGUGUGUGUGUGUGUGUGUGUGUGUGUGUGUGUGUGUGUGUGUGUUAACAGCAUGUGUGAGCUCAAAAACCUUGACAUUUUAAUAAAAAUAUACAUAUUUAGCAGCUUAAGUUAGCUAGUUUGUAUUAAGCUCAAUGCUCUAAUAUACUUAUCCCACUAUUUACAGUGUAGUGUAGGUCAGGUAAUGAGAAGCACUGAUACACUGGCAUUAUGUAUCUCACAAAACAUAAUAGAGCAGUUCAUCAUGUUCUAGCCGCCAUUAGGUAUGCACCGAUCUGAUAUUUGAUAUCGGUAUCAGUCCCGAUACUGAAGUAAAUUCUAGAUCGGGUAUCGUGACAAUGGGCCCGAUGCAUAGGGGCCGAUCUAUUCCGUCUAACUCCAUGCUAUGUGCCAUGAGUGGCAUCCACAAGUAAACACGCUGAGCAGAUGCCCACAUUGUUUUGAAAAUGGAGUGAGCAAAGGGGUCUGCUAUCUUGAACUUUAUCACAAUACCUCAGCCUGCAAGCUUGACGGCCACUUGCAAUACCUGCGCAAUAAACUUUCGAGAUGCAGCGGUAAAACUUCAGGUUACAGCAAAAGGUAAUUCAGCAUGACUUUUCUGUAUCGGAAUUGGAUCGGUAUUGGCUGAUACUACACUGUAGAUAUUAGUAUUGAUAUGGAAGGUGAAAAAAGCGAAUUGGUGCAUCCCUAAUUUACAUCAGUACAGGGUGUGUGGGCAUAUCCCUCCAGCAGAUGACUCUCUUAAUUAAACUGAAGCCCGUACUGUCCAAACAUGGAUGAAUGUCAACCUUGCAUCUACUUGGCCACAGACAGUGUGGCUUGCCUGCCACGCUGCCUGGAGGAGAUGUAGUCAGUGAUAUUUUCUCCUCUCAGUCCAGAGUAUGCUGCUCUCUCAGAGCCACAUCUGACCUACUUACAUCACCAAAGGUUGUUAAAUUCCAACACUAAACUGUUCUGAAAAGUAUGUAAAUUCUGUCAUUCUGUGCAACGUGAGCUUGUAGUUGUAUCAACAUUGCUCCUGUAUUUUACAGUCUUUAUAAAUACCUGUUUGGAGGAUAAAAAUAAAAACAAAGCAAAAGGUACAAAGGUGAUAUACGUAUAAAGAAAUCUGCUCACAUAUUCAUAAUCUGCCACAUUUAAUAUCCAUCUGCAACCUCAGGUAAGAGACACUGGAAUGUACAGAUCAUUUACAUUUUAGCCUUUUGUUGCUGUUUUGGUCCAGAUGUUCACCAGUGUUGUGCUAUACAAAAUGAUGCAGGCUAUACAUUACAAAGAGAGGGGUGUUUGGCUGGGGUAUUGUACAUAAACCACCUACUGUGUGCAUACAAUAUUUAUUCCUGCUCUCUUUGCACUCCCACACACCUUUCACUCUGUAUACCAGUUUCUUUAUACAGAAAAUGUAAAUUUGGCAUCAGCACAACUCUCACAGGUGCAGUGAAUAGAAGCACAACUCAGUUUAGAAGACAAGGUUUAGAAAAAUGAAUCUGUGGCCUUUUCACUUCGCUUAUGUACUGAAUCAAUCUAGAGAGCGCUGCAUCAGACACAUUGAUGCUUCAGGCUGUCGGGGGAGGGUGACACAAACGACUGAAAGGACAGACUAGCAACCCCCCCACACCACCACCCCCUGUCUGGAGAUCUGAUUCUGCUUGGCAUUUUUGGGAGGAACAUGCAGCACAGCAGAUGACCUCUGUAUUAAGCAGCUGUAACUAAAUGAGGCCUCACUGUGUUUAGUUAAAACACAAAUGGUAUCUUGUACAAAAUGAACACUGAUCUCGAAUCUUGAAUUUUGAUGCAGGAGUGACCUUGAAACCCCUAAAUAUGCUGAUAGAGAAAAUAGAGAGCGUGUUCAUCUGGGCUGGUGAUAAAGUGAUAGAUUGUAGGCAGCUCUGAAGAUGGAAUUGCUCAGCUGCAUUGAGAAUCACAAAAGGACUUGUUUUUUCUUUGCUCUGUCAUCUGUGUACUCCAUUUGUCUUUCUCUCCACUUCACCAUCCCUUGUUCAUUUCUACUGCUCCACUACAGCAUACUGUAAGUUUUUCUGUCAGUUGACGCAAAUACUUUCUUACAGUUUGUGGGGCUCUCUAUUCAGAUCAUAGUAUGCUUACAUGCACAGUUAAAGGUAUAUUCCGGCGUAAAAUGAAUUUAGGGUCAAACACACUGUAACACUGAGUUAGAUACCCCCUCGAGAGAUUAAUGUUGCCUACCACUUGAUCAUUACUUUAUCAUUUCCUUGAAGUAAUAAUCAUUAUAUUAAUCAUUUUGCACUGCAGACACGGUAGUUCUUCUGCCUUAGCGUCUUGGUUGGAUUGCAUUUCCAUGAAGAAAUGAUCAUAAAUGUUCUUCCUUGAGCUGCGUCACCCCGCUGUAGUCCGUAGUCCGCUGCUGGAAGAGAGUAGGUGAGUUGUGUUUAGUCUCUUUGUUAAAGAAAUUAGGCAAAGUUAAAAAUUUGUUUGGUGGCCAGUGCUGUGGCUGGGACCCUAUGUGUACUGUUGAUGAAGUUAGGUGCUGUUCUGAUCAUUAUUUGUGACUAUAGAGUGGCGUUUUGGUUGAGGUUUGUUUAUGGCUCCUCAGACUGCUGUGUAUUGCUAUCGUGCGGUCAUUGCUAAAGUUGGUAUAGCUAGAGCGGUUGGCAACAUUCAUCUCUCAUGGGGGUGUCUAACUUGGUGUUAUGGUGUGUUUGACCCUAAAUUAAUUGUACGCUGGAAUAUUACUUUAAGUCGAGCUAUGGUUACAGCUUCAUUAGGCAAUGUAACUGGACUUUGUUCUUCCUGUCCCAGUUUACAUGCAAAGGUAUAAAAGCAUAUCCACCUCCGCUGUGAUAGGUGGCCAAAAUGCCCCCAUUCAGCUCACCUACUUGGCCGUCUCCUGGUUGAUCUAGCAAGUGUCUGAUAGGAUGUUCAUCAUCGGGUGAAAACAACGUCACUUUUACAGCUCUGACUUACUUUCAGACCAAAGUAUUGAUUUGUAUUGAAACAAAGACAGUUUAGUUUGUAUUGUAAUAAGCUAAAAUCUCCUCACAGGAGCUUCAAUUCAGAUUUAACAGAAAUGAGAAAAGAACAUUAUGCAAAAGUGCAUGUCUGUAAACACAUCUAUACAAGCCCUAAACGAAUGGCUAGCAAGCCUACCAUAAUACCUACCGUACUACCUGACCCUAACCGAUGGCCACCCUUGUUAAAAUGAGUGCCCAAGUUGUGGCACCCUUAUCAAAAAAGUCUAGACGCGCCCCUGUUGGAGGAGCAUGUUUCUAUAAAAAUGGGCCGCUUCCUGGUGAAUACGAAUCUGCAGUCUUGAGCACUCUCUGUUCUCACAAUGCUGUUUCUCAUUUGCAUGUACACUUGGUAAGAGAACAGGGUGACCUCUCCACUAGUGUAUCUUUAUCUCUGCCUCAAACUUACAAAUACACACCUUUUAGUGUGCCUGUGUGUGUGUGAUUGUACCCAAUGACGACCGUCUGGCUGUGUUGGAGCAGCAGAAUAUUUAAUUGCCCCAAACUUUAUCACCAUUACUGUAGCGAGUGAGUGUCUGCCAGCCUAAUUAUGACGGUGGCUAUCUGAGGAGCCGAGCUGAGCUGUUAGCCAAGUGUGAAAAUGAAAUGACUCCACAGACACUUCGUCUCCCUGGAGUGCUAAAAAUACCUGAAAGCUGGUCAUGUUUUGGUCUGUGAUCUUUUAACGAGCAUAUGUACAAGUCGUGUGCCUGUAUUAGCGUCUCAUGUUACAGUUAAAUAAAGUUGGUUUGUUGUUGCUCAGAGCUCAAGGUGACCGAGUCCCCGCCGUCCUCAUUAGCUACAGACACACAUCAGGAGUCAGCUCCCCGAGGUGACAAAUGAACCGACACAAACACAAGGAUCAGUUCAAAAAGAAAAUCAAACAUAUCAAUAAGGCUUGAUGAUGGAUGGUAACAAUAUAUUCCCUCUGUGACCUGCUACUGUCAUAGCUUUGUAUGUGUCAGUGUAUGUAUUUAUGUAUUCCUCCGACUGCUGCGUGUUUGCCUCGAAGUUACAUUGCUCUUAUUGUGAUACUUGAGGGGAAUACCCACCUGAGGUUGUGGGUCUCAUGCAGCUGCCCUUCCACACGUCUCCAGGUCCACUCUAUCUUUAUAAACAGCAAAUUGGAAAGGGUUAAUUCAAUUCCCAGCAGGCUGUGGCUGAGACUGGGAACAGUUACCAUCUCUCUUCUCCUUUUUGCCCCUUUUCUCUCCCUCUCUCUCCCUUCUCCAUUUCUCGUUGUUCCUAAAGUCUAAUUACUUUUGGAGAGUGGCUUUACCCAGGCUAUAAAUAAUGACAAAUCAAGCCUGUCUCUGAGCUGAACCCUGCAGAGGCUGGCGGGGUUGGUGAUCUUUUGGUUGGCUGUGCUUGAAGGCAAAGAAUAGUAGGUUUUUUCCAUUUUAAAAUAUAAUACAGCCUGAAGGGAAAGUUGCAUGACUUUUGGUAUUUGUGUGGAGAGACAAAGAGCAAAUGUGCUAAAGGAGCUACAUAAAGAGAAACAACAAGGUUAGUCAUAUUUUCGUGGAAACAUCCUAAAUUCUGCAUGCUUUCAUUUCUUCAAAAUUCACUUGAAAUUCUAACGUUAGACAAAGUUGUUUACCUGUGUGCCCCCAUAUGUACUGUAGCUGUUUAGCAUUUUUGCAUCUCAGUACAUCCUCAUUGUAAUGUAAGCAUUAGACAUAUAGUAGAAACACUUGCAAAAAUCCUUUAACUCUUUUAAAUAAUCACUUAUAAACUAUCAUUAAAUAGCCUUUUGAUGCUUAAGUUAAAGAAAAACUUGGCCCUGAAACCGUAAAAUACUGUAAAUUUUUAUGUGAGAGCAUUUGUGUAAAUAUAUGUUAAAGGACUCUAUGAACACCCUGUAAGCAGUUAGAAUGACAACAAACGUGUUUUGAUAGUAUUUUCCUCGGCUGUGUUAAAUGCCCGAUUCUUAUUGGUGAAACCCCCACAUCAACAAUUGAUUAAUUACAUCAGUUUCCAUCUUAGACCAAUUUUUAGAAUUUGGAAAUGAUAACAGAUACCAGACAGAGUUGUGAAAAGAGCCAGAGCAGAAAAAAAGUGGCUUAACAUCCUGUCCUGUAAAAGAUGCAGAGCUGAUCUGUAAGCUGUAAUAAUAUUAGCAGGGUCAUUCAAAGUUGUGUCUUUUGCCUCGUUUAUGUUUUAAAGUGUGUUGACUGUAAGGGCGAGGGUAAGGAGGUAAAGUGAGGAUGGAGAUGUAUAGAUUACGUAAAGAUUGCUGCAGUUGUUGACCUUGUUCAGUGUUACUGUUAUUGGAUUUAUUGGGUUAAGCUUAGUUACGAUAGUAAAAAAAAGGCCAAUGUUUUGAAUUAAAAUGAUAUAUGUUAAUUUGUAGGCGGUUAUGAGUCUGUCGUUAUGGCAACAAUGUCUCCUUCCUUCUGAUGAUGAGACUGUCGUGAUUCUCAUUUGCACGACCUGUUCAUUUACCUACAUAUGUGCAUGUUUCUGUAGCUGUUUUUACCUCCUUAGUGUGUGUGUGUGUGUGUGUGUGUGUGUGUGUGUGUGUGUGUGUGUGUGUGUGUGUGUGUGUGUGUGUGUGUGUGUGUGUGUGUGUGUGUGUGUGUGUGUAUGUUUGCAUGUAAAUGAGGGAAAGAAGAUGGGGACAGCUAGAGAAAGGGGAAAAGCUGACACCCUGGUCACCUGAGAUGUAACUAAACCAGUUUCAGCAGCUUGCUUCAUUUCAUUUACCAUAAUGAGUUCUGUCAACAUUAGCUUGACCAAUGGCUCUGUGAGGAAGUGAGGAAAGUGGUGCCUUCGGCGUGUAUGUGUGUCAGGUAUAAGUGAAUCUCUUUCUUUUGAUGUACUUUUUAAUAAAUAAGCUUAAGAAUGAAAUUUCAGUUCGUUCAUCCAAAGGUUGUGUUUUCGUAUUUUUUUCUUUAUGACUCCUAAUGACUUCCCCUAUAGCGCACUUGGAUGUCAGUGUGUAUGAGUGUGUGUGUUUGUUUGUAUAUAGUAUAAGCAAGAGCGCUGUCCAUUUUAGGACUUUUCAAUGAAGACUGAUGAGUGUCCGCUUCGCCUCGCUCCCCCCUCAGGGGUCUGGACGGUGCUUUGAGGAAGUGUCCUGGAGAAGCAGUGGAGUGGGUGGGAGCUAACGCAAGUCAGGCGAGACGUAUCUGAUGGACGACAGUGAUGUGCGUGUGAGUGUCUGUCUGUGUGUGUCUGAGUCUGUGUGUGUGUCAAUGUGUGUACAAGUAGGUAUGUGUGAGGCUGAUGGAGGGUGAUGGUGGGAGUGAGACUUAACGAGGAGGAAAAUAAGCUGAGCAAUCUCUGUCUGUCCUCCCUCUACCUCCCAAUGACUUAUUCACACACACACACACACACAACACAUGUACACACGCACAUACACACUUAUUUAGAGUCCAUGACUGAACCAAAUGACCAGUGACUUCACAUCGACUUGUUGCAAAGGCAAGAAAUCCAGUGACACAGUAUCUCUCUAAUGUAAGGUUUCUCAUUAUUGAAUCUAGUUUACCUUAAUCAGUUUAAACCUGGUUCACUCGCCAAAUAAAUCAAUGGGGCUACAUUUAAUGUAGAGGUAAUGAAAUAUGGGCCACAGUGUGAUAUGAUAAAUUUCAUCAUUUGAAAAUUCACAUUCUUUCUUUAAUUUUUAAACCAAUUUCUUCUCUGCCUCAGCCUAUUAAUCAUCCUUUGGUCUAAGAGAGGUAAGAGAUAAUGGAGGUACACAGGCACUGAAUAUGAAUGUAAAUAGAGGAGUGGGCCAUGUUUGCACCAUUUAGUCAUUCUAACACAUUCAUGAUGGAAAUUAUCCCUGCAUGUGGAUUUGAUCAGCAAUUUUCUCUUUUUCUGUGUGAAUUUGAGCCCACUUUUUUACCGAUGCACUCUUCUGUGGCCACCAGUCCAUCCCUAAAAGCAUCCCUCACUGUGGUUUGACCUAGACGUCCUGACUGCAGACACUUGACAAGGUUCGCAGCUCCCUGGAUAGCCUCGGGGAUCUCUGCAGGGGAUGGGUGGGGGACCAGCUCGACACGGGCGUAGUACCAGAAGGUGGCUAAUCGGGGUUUGGAGUAGGUGACAGCAGCACCGGCCAGAGUGGGUACUUUAGCCACCAGUUUUUGCACAGCCUGUGCCAUGUUGACCCGUUCCCAGCCUUAUCUAUACAAAGGUAUUAUAACUCGUGCAUUUUUGUCAGAGCUGGGGUUUUACUUCCACAUCGGAACAACUCUGAACAAGGGUUUUGACCAAAUACUUGCAUAUUCAGUGCGUCACAAUAACCAAAUGCUGUUCUUUGUAUCUGUGCCCAACCUUCUAGGAAAUAAAAUCCCAAACCAUGAAUGAACAAUUUUUCCUUUAGUUAACUCAGUGUAUUAUUUGGGUUCAGGUAGAGAAGCUGUAAGAUAUAAGACUGAAAAGAAGGAAGUAUCCAGUCCUUCUAGUAUGAUGGUGGGAAAAUCAAACUCCAGAAACAAACUGUUCAUGAAUUAUGGCACAGACCCCAUCUCAAUAGCAGGUCAUGGCAGUGCAUUUGUGCAAUACAUGAAAAUGAACAAAUUGCAAUUCUACCAUAAUUGUCAUACUUAUUUUUUAGCAACAGCCUCCGUUAUUUCAACUCAAAGUUUUGUAUUUAGCCAACACUCUGACCUUAAAACAUCAUCAAGAAAUGACUCUUAAAUAGAUGAGAAACGUAUAAAAUGCCAAAAUAAUCAUUGCAGCUCCAAAAGUAACAACACUGAAAGAAAAGUGGGAACAGCAGAUGGAAAACAGUUCUUAGAGUAAGAGAGGCCUUUGGUGACACACCUUUCAAAAUCAGUCUCAGUGCAGCUGAUAACACAUGAAAUGCAUUUCUGAUGUAGCGCUAUAUAAGUGUGACAGCGUCAGUCCCAAUGGGUCCUUCAAAACUGUUUCAAGGUUUUCUCACCUCCUGUUGGUUUGCAGUCCACAACAGUCAUUGUAGGGCAAAGUGUAACACACAGAUACACACUCACACACAGAGGCCUGUUUGCACACACACUAAAGUGCACGUUCAUUUGGUGUGAUAGCCACCUCCCAGGUGUGUCACUCUGCUGCCUGCCGGUCUGACUCUGGUGCACUGAACACCCUGAAGAUGGUGGGUGAUGAAGUAGCAGGUUGGAAACGUUUAAACUGAAAGCAGCAGAGACAAAGAGAGAUAAAGAGCGAGAGAGAAAGAGAGGAAGAGAGAGAGAGGAUAUGGAAAAAGCUUGUUGCACUGGUCAGACAGAGGAAGGGCAGUCUAGUUAGUGCCAGAAAACCUCUGCUCUGUCCUGUACAGCUGCCCAUUUAUAAUAGAAACUUCAGCUUGUUCAUUCAUCCUCCUGACCUCCAUCUAUCUUCAAACUUUGACUUUUAUUUCCUUUGUGUCCUUUCAUUUACUUUUCUGUCCAUUCUACAUUUCUGCAAUUUUCUCACAACAAAACUAAGUCUUUUCAUUUCUCCCUGUCCUGUAGUUAUGUCUUCACACGGCAACAACAAAGUCUUUCCAAGUUAUUUUUAUUAUUCAAAUCUACACUCCUCACUGCAUUCUUAGUUUCCCUCCUUUACAGCCGAACUAAAAUCUAACAUUGCUUUUUAAAAUCUGCUGUACUGUUUCAGACCACCUCUGUUCUGUCUCCAUUUGUCUCUUGUGCACCACCCCGGCACACGGAGUUCCCUGCAAAUCUCUCUGUACGUCGUUGGCCUUAGAAAAUAGCCCCGUCACCACUCCAUUCAAUUGGGUGAGCAGGUAAAAUGGUUUUGUGAGUCUCAUUUCCUCAGUGAUUUGAAACCUGGUCCACCAUGGGAGAAGUGAUUUUAGAUUAUUAAUGAGGCUCCACAAACACUUUGUCUUCCCCUCAGUCAUAUGAGGGAAUGAAUGAAAGGGGGUCAACAAGUGAACAGACGGCCGAGCGUAACAGUGCACUGACAAAUGAGGGUGAUGUAAUGUCGUAUCAGUGUUUAUAAUUGUGCAUGCAUUAGUGCUAAUGUGGCCUUAAUGACACCAUAAUCAGCUUACUAAUUGAGUGUCAUUACAGAGGAUGCAGAUGGCUAAUGUCACUGUCGCUGUUACUUGUUGAACAAAGGGUGGAAAUGAUCACAUAGUGUGAUGAAAGGAGGAAGGAAUGACUUAAUCUGCUCCUUAUGGCUCGCAUUAGCAACAAUCAGCGCUAAUGGAAAAGUUGUGCAAUGCCUAUUGUUCUAUUUUGAGGAAUUUGUGCGAAUGUAACAUCCUCAUUAGAGCUUUAUUGGUGACAUUUAUUGACUUAAUGCUAACCAGGUGCCUCUUUUUCUUUCAGGUGGCCUGUAAAAGGAAGCUGCAGUCACUCAUCAGGACUUUCUGAUGACACUACGUCUGGUAUCGACCUCUUUGUCAAGAACUGCCGGAGCAUAAACAGAUUCUGAUGACCCAACACUGGAUGAAGGCUCCUUUCACAUAGAAAAAACCCCCCCCACAAACUCACCUUUGAGACCUUCACACUCAUUUGCUACCUCACCUAAACUUAUUUGAGCCCUUGUCGGCUCUAACUCAUUUAUCCCGAGAGAAGGGAAAGCGUUACGUUCAGCCAACAUCAUCCGCCAUGGUGAUGAUGAGCUGUUGUAUAUUCAGGGCAAUCGAUUCACUGACCUCCCAAUUCCAUUAGCCACACACAAACACCCACACAGACACACACCUGGUUUUGGCCCCUGCAGAUUCUUGAAAUAGUCUCGUUUGUGACACCUGGGGUUGGCUCUCUGUUCACUAACACCACACCCAGACACCGACUUAGACAGCUAUACCAAAUUGAGUGUUAGAAGUCCAUCUGCACACUAUUAUCUCCCAUAGAGAACACUGACCUUGACUGGGAAUCAGACCUGUGUUUGUGUGUUUGCAUUAGGGGGGGAGGCAGCAACACAUCCUGUCUGCUCUAAAUGAGAGUCAGAAGGAGAGCUGAUGCGGCAGAGCAGCCCUGAUAUAUACUCUAAAAACGUAACCGCCCGGGGGUCGGCCGCCUAAAUUGGAAAGCCGUAGAGCUUCAUUAGAUUGUUUGGUCAGUUAUUUUCUACAUAUUUGACUUUUUAAAAUAGUGCAUAAUAAUUGAAAGUGUUUCUGUGGUUGUGCGAGUGUCUGUCACAUUGUCAGAGCACAUUAAGGCCAGGCUUUUCUAGGUCAUGUCUCUUUGACUGACCUAGAUUCAUCAAAGAAAAACUGGCAAGCUGAGGAAGAUGUGAUGUGACACUUUAGUUUUCUUAUUUGUGUACUCCUUGACAAUUUCUUAUUGAGUGUACGUAUCCUCCAUCUUACAGAAGUUGUACAAAAGAAUCUUUGUGAAUCUCCUUUUUGUUCAGAUCUGUGAUCCCCUUACAGCCUGACCUCUUCUCCCUCAUGAACACCUUUCCCUCCUUCUCCACCUCACCUCCCAAUACACCAACCAUCCAGUCAGUGUGUAAGCCUUGCCUUCGGGCCCCGUGGAGGAUGAACGAUGUGCCCACACUUGACUAUGAUUUGCUGCUGUCCCCGGCCAGCUCCUCGCUCCCUGGUGGUCCUGGCGGCGGCAGCAGCAGCAGCCCCCCGCUGGCUCUGGUUGGGGUGGACACCGAGCAGCGCACCGCCUUGGCCUUCGUAGGCCUCCUGAUGCUCUUCCUGGUCUUCCUGCUGGUCAGGUGCUUCAGGAUCCUGCUGGACCCCUACAGCCGCAUGCCUGCAUCAUCCUGGACUGACCACAAGGAGGGGCUGGAGAGGGGCCAGUUUGAUUACGCGUUGGUGUAGGGCUAAAAAAAAAAGAGGGUGAAAGUUUAUUUCCCGUGUAUGGAGUGCUUAAUGUAGAUGUAAAUGAACAAGAGAACUAUGAAUGAUCUCUGAAAGGGGGGUUAGGUUUUACCUCAACCUGAGAGUGGAUUUAAAGUGGUGUAUUUUACUGUACUGCCGCCUGUGUGUUGGUGUAAAUAUGAGGCUGCAGGACCCUUUGAAACAGGUCUAUUUCAGCAACACAGACAAGUGGAAUCUCUGUGAGCCAAACACUCACUCAGAACAGAUGUUGAACCAUGAAGGACAGAAAUAAUGAGCUGCACAGCUGCCUUAGCCUGACCUACUGUGCUAGUCAAACAUGCUAACACAUCAUAACAUCACUUCAGGGCUACAUUUUCCAAACUCAAAGACUUGUCAGUAUUUAAACACUCAAUGAUUUUGAAUAAUCACAUAACACUCAUUCACUUCAUCCUUACGGUGGUGUUCCUGCUCAGAGCUCACGGUCAGGGAGGGAAACUUAAAUGCUCUUAAAAAAAUCAAGUAGACCUACUGCUGUGUUCACAAAGGUAACAUUAGUUUUAAUGUAAGAUGGUAAUUGGUUUUACAGUUUCUCGAUUGAUCAGCAAACCAAAGGACAGUAGACUUGAAAUAGUUGAUUGAAACUUCAUGGUUAAAAGAAAGGUAACAGAAAUAUUUCGGCUGUCUGUAUUUUCACUAAGAACUCUUGGAUGCUAAUUUUUUCUGUCAUCUCAAAUCCAAUAUCUAUAAAUAUGACAGAAAGCUCUGGAGUUUCAUGUUUCCUUGUCUUUCCAGUUGCAGAUCAAUCGAGAGGAAAAGACAGAAACACGUCAUAUUCUCUAUGAUAGUUUGACAAACCUGAAAGAAAUGAGAGAUACACAGUGACGGAGCUGACUCACCCUGAGUAUGGGGUCGUGAAAGACAUAGUUUCUUACCUCAAGGCUGUUUUUUGGUAAGAACCAUCCAAAUGUAGAAAACAGGCAGAGCUGAACUGGAAGAGUUUACACUUUGGCAAAAGCCCCUUUAAUGUGUUAGUGUCCAUUGUCUUUGUUUCAUUUUGGACACUGAUCCUUGAGCAGCGUUUCAGAUUUCAGAUGCUUUUCAAAGUCGAGCAGGUAGUUUGUGUCUCCAUAAAAAGUUCUCGGUGUAUGUUUUGUGUGUCUAUAACUGAGAAGCCAUAUUGGAAUUAUAUAUCUAAUAACUGCAAGUAGAGUUUGUGUUCACUGGUUGUGCCCUGCUUAAGUCAGCCUGCCAAGUGUGGUGUUGAAGCAAACAGCAACCUUUAGGCAACAAAAAGCUUUAUUUUUCUAUUCUUGACUCCAGUUUGGGAGUCUUUUUGCUAUCUUUCUGUCCUCUUCCUCUUAACGUAUCAAACUUCUUCAGACUGUGGAUUUUUCAAAGUAGUCAAGCAGCCACGUGUUAGAAAAAGGCAAAGCAGGUAGCUUUGCUUUUUUGUCGUGUUUUGUAAUUGCAUAUUUUUCUGACUAUCGGCUUUGUUUUUUUACACUUGGUUGAAUCUGUAAAAAUAAAAAAAAAUCUGGUUACUCCCUCAAUUAAUCUUCUUGAAUUCCCACUGAUAGCAGGACUGUGUGGACAGUCUGUGUUGUUCAUGUUGGAAAUAAAAUGGUUACUACUUUAA